CAGAGUGAGCAAGAUGGGUCACCAGCAACUCUACUGGAGCCAUCCAAGGAAAUUCGGCCAGGGUUCUCGUUCUUGCCAUGUCUGCUCAUACUGCCACGAUCUGAUCUGGAAGUACGGCCUCAACAUGUGCCGCCAGUAUUUCCGUCAGUACACGAAGCACAAAAGGUUUCAUUAAGUUGGACUAAGUGAACUUCCAUAAAUGGGUAGUUCAAGACAUCUACCUUAUGACAGAAUGCUAUCUCUUUGUACAUA